AUGCUUUCGUCCGUUCCAGAGCGCUCACGCGCGAUCAAACCCAUCGAUCGCGCCGUGGUCCAUCGCAUCACCAGUGGACAAGUCGUCGUCGAUCUUCGCUCGGUGUGCAAGGAAUUGAUCGAAAACGCCCUCGACGCCACCGCGCGAUCGAUCGAAGUGCGGUUUAAAGAUCACGGCGUGGACGUCGUCGAGGUCUCGGACGACGGCCGAGGGGUGCGGCGGGGAGACGUGGGGAUGCUGACGACGAAAUACGCGACGAGUAAGCUGGAGAGGUUUGAGGAUUUGGAGGCGCUGCGAACGUUUGGAUUUCGAGGCGAGGCGCUGAGCUCGUUGUGUGGAGUAUCGGGAGAGUUUGAGGUCACGACGAGGACGGAGGAAGAUGUGGCGGGGUUGAAGAUCGCGUACGACGGCGAGGGGAGGGUGAUGAGCGAGAGCACGACGGCGAGGUCGGUGGGGACGACGGUUCGCGUCGGACGAUUGUUCGAGCCGCUGCCGGUGCGGAGGAAGGAACUGAUUCGAAACGCGAAGAGGGAGUACGGGAAAGCGUUGGCGAUCGUGCAGGCGUACGCGUUGGUCUCGAAGUCCGUGAGGAUACUGUGCACGCACCAGAGCGGGAAAUAUGGGAGGACGAACGUCUUGCACACGCGCGGAGAGGACGCGAGCGUGCGGGAAAACAUCGUCACGGUUUUUGGGUCGAAGAUGAUCGCAUCCAUGCGAGAGAUCGAGCUGGAGCUCGAGGUAGGCACUGGUGUGCGCGUGAGUGGGUUCAUAUCCGAGCCGCGCUCGGGAUGCGGACGCGCAGGGACGGAUCGACAAUUUUAUUACGUCAACGGUCGGCCCGUCGAUUUACCACGCGCCGCGCGAGUGGUUAACGAGACGUAUCGCUCGUUCAAUCCGAAUCAAGCGCCCAUGGUGGUGCUAGAUUUUCAGCUCGCCACGAACGCGUACGACGUCAACGUGACGCCGGACAAGCGUAAGAUUAUGUUACACGACGAGGAGGCGAUACUGGCGCAAAUGCGGGACAAGCUCCUAGAGGCGUUUUCGCCAACUAGAUACACGUAUGCUGUGACACAGGAGGCGCCAGCGAGCGCAGAAAAGGCCUCGCCUUUAGAACUUAGUGAACAAAACGGCGCUGAGGACGAUGAAGACGCCGAGGACGAAACUUGGACGCCGGCAAAGGGUGACGACGAGGAGACGUUUGCGGCCGUUUUGCGCACGGCGAGCGGUCAAGCGGAGGGCUCGCGCGGUUCGAAGAGAGAUUCUUCGGCACGAAGCAUCGACGCGCAGAGGAAUUUACAAACUUUCGGAUUUACUCGAGACGUCACGAGCGUGGCGAUCGGUGGUGGGUGGAAAAUAGCGACGACCACGCAAGUCUCUGACGAAGCGAUGGAGACUGAGGCACCCGCGAAGGCGGAAACGACGACCGUCUCGCCAUCGAUGGACGAGAUAGAAGAGGACGAUGAAGACGCAAAACGUCCACGAUUAGAAGACACUCAGAAGGACGAGGACGAGCGCCCGAGCUUCGCGCACGUCGACGUUGAGUUUGAAGACGUCGGCGCCACGGUUGAGGAAUUGAGAAGACCAGAUGCGACAGAGGAAAUUUUGGACGAUGGAUCGAUUCCAUUUUCCAUGGAAGACAUGCUUGCGCGCCGGCGCAACUCUCACAAACGCGCCACGGCGAAACAGUCGGCCGUUAAGGCGUUUGAUUCCGCACACGUGUCCGCCGCAGAUGACGACACGGCGGAAUCAACGGAGCGAGCCACCGCCGCGGCGAGAGAGCUCGAGCGCGUCUUCGACAAGGCAGAUUUCGCAAAGAUGCGCAUUGUCGGACAGUUCAACCUUGGAUUCAUUCUCGCCACUCUCGGCGAUGAUCUGUUCAUCAUCGAUCAGCACGCGAGCGAUGAGAUAUACAACUUUGAGCGUUUGCAGCGCACGACGACGCUCUCCAAGCAGCCGCUCAUCCAUCCCGUUCCGCUCGAUCUCACCGCAAGUGAGGAGCAGACGGUGCUUCAGAACAUGCCGGUGUUCUUGAAGAACGGUUUCGGGUUCUGCGACGUCGCGGAAUCCGUCCCGGGUGCGGACAUGAACAACUCCUCCGUGGACCCGAGUGCACGAUGCGGCUCCUUGCGUCUCUCAGCAGUGCCCGUGCUCAAGAACGUCGUCUUCGACAAAACAGACGUCCACGAGCUCGUGUCUAUGCUCGAUAGAGGUCAGCACUCUUUACCAGCGAACUCGCAGCUCUCGAUCGGGCUCACGAGACACGAUCAACGUGGGGAUUCGUCUUCCGACGUCCGCGUGCUCCGUCCCGCGAAAACCCGCGCAGCGCUCGCGAUGAAAGCCUGUCGCGGGUCCAUCAUGAUCGGCGACGCCUUGGAUGCGCGAUCGAUGCGAAGGGUUUUGAAUAACCUCACCACGCUCGACGCGCCUUGGAACUGUCCGCACGGUCGUCCCACCAUGCGUCACCUCUUUGCGCUCCGUCGAGCGUUCUGA